GAGCGCGGCGUUGCCUGUCGUGUAAGGAAGCUGCGUCGGGGCAACCGAAGGCUCGCUGUCGUGCACCUGUCCAUAGAAGCUGUGCAGGGAGCGACGGCAAAGGAUGCCUUCGCGCCCGGUCUUAGACACCUUCAGAAUAUUUAACAUUGAGCGCCCAAAAAGAAAUAACAUCCUAGAGACGUUCCAAGGGAGGUACAUACGGAGGGGACCAGAGCACCACCAGUCACUUGAAUGGCGUGAUACCCCUCAACCAUACCAUAUCAAGUUCAUCAAGACCAACACCAGGUUUCUAAACAAACCAAUCUGUUAUGUGGACACAGAUGACCCUAAAGCCAAGGGGGUUCAUUGGUGGCCCUGUAGUGAACCCUUAGCGCAUCAUCCUAAACCAUCUUAUGACAAGCAAAGCACUCAAAGAACUGAUUUCCAGAAGCCAAACUGUAAAUUGUCUCGGCCUGUUAAGUACAGAAGUUUGGUGCCACCUUCUCAUGGAAUAGUCCCACUUGCAUCACCUCGAAUGCCGACCAGCCUUCCGAGAAUUUUUCAAGAGGAGGUCUCUUUUAAACAUCAGUAUUUGGCCAGAGCAACUCCCUGUAUCCCCUACCAGGGAAAGAAACAGGGUGCUUUUGUGUGGCGGGAGAUAAAGCCAGCGAGAGGGACAUUAGUUCCUGAAAGGGCCGAAGCACCGACAAGCACGCAAGGGUCAGAACUGUCGGAGCAGCCACAAACGGAGAAAGGAAACUCAGUGGUAAACUGCAUUACCUCAUCGAGCCUGAGCUUGCCGGAUUCCCAGGAGACACCAGAUUCCGACACUGGCUUAUCAAAAACAGACAUCAGUGUGGGAGCCAAGGCAGAUCCCAGUGCCCCUGAGAAGGAGCUUGGAAGAGUGUAGGGAUUUCUCAGAAAAACAAAGUGGAUCUGAGCUGCCCAGCUGGAGAGGUACGUUGUUGUCCAGUGAGAGAGUCUUCCCUUCAUAAAUCGCAAGACUGCUUGCCACCUCUGCCCACAGCAGAACAAUAUCCAGUAGAAAUUCAGAUGACCUAGAAGGGCUGUCCAAGUGAGGGGGAGUUGGCCUGGUGCAACGUUAGCAACGUCAAACACUAACUGACACUGGCAAAUUGUUCAAGGCAAGACACUCCGCCUUAGCAUAACAACAGCUGCAGCGUGCUUUGAUGCCUCCAGAAAAUGAGACGCUCACAAAAACUAUGAAUCUUUUACUUUAUUUUUGUCCAGUGGUGCAGUGGGAUUUUUCACUCAUGUGCCUAGGCAAAAUUAUCUGGGUUGCUCCUUUGCAAGGGAGAAGUGUGGAUUGAUUGUUAAACAAUAAUGUUAGCAAUGAAGUAAAUGUGUCA